UCUUGACUGCAGAAUGGCUAAGGAGUAGUAGAAGAUUCAAACCAAGGACCAUGGACUAGAGUCCUGGCUGAGAGACAGGCCUGAGCAGGUCAGGGAGGAUGAAGCAAGAGCCCAAACACAGGAUGAGUGAGGAAGGGUCCACAGUCCAGACCUGCCGGGAAGACUAGUCUACAGCGACUCUGCCUUGCCACACCGGGUACCACAGUCCAACCUGUACUGUAGAAGCCAGGUGACGGCUCCAACCUGAGAGGGAGAUAGGACACAGCAAGAAAACUGGGCUCGGGGCAGGGGACCAGCUGGGCACCAAUCCGGAGAGGUCCAGGCAGAUCCAGAGCAGCCAUCCAUCAGUUUACUCCGCAUCUUCCUGCCCCUUGGAGGCUACUGAAUCAUGUCGAGGAGGAGGAAGCCGGAGUAUAAAGGAUUGUGCUUUGUCAGGGACAGAGAAACAAAAGUAGACGCAGCUCCUGGGCGCCUUACUCUUGCGGUCUGGACUCACUGCUGAGAACAGGAGAGGCAGAGGUAUUCAAGUGAGAGGCCAGGUGCAUACUGGCUGGAGAAAGACGGAAGGAUAGUGGCUUCCUGUGUUCUGAGGAAGGGCACUGGGACACACCACAGCGCCGCCGCAGUGAGGGAGGCUUGCAUAGCUGGAAGGACCUGUCCUGACAGCUCUCUAUGGAGGGUGGAGCAGAGCCAGAGGAGGAAGGACCUGGCCGGCCUGGGCAACCUGAGGUUCCAGGUCUGCUUGGGUAUGCCCUGGUUCUGUGACCUUGGCCAGCACCUUUCUCUUCUAAGCCUAUUUUUCUUCGUCUGCUGAGUAGUCAAAAUCUGCCUUUGCCACUCACCGGAUUUGUGAGCCUCUCAUUUGGUAAUGGACCACGCCUGUUUUUCAGACACACCUGCUUGUGCAAUGCCGAUGUCUAGCAGCGAAAGCGGAAACACCUACAGGGCGAGCCCUCCACCGGCUCUGGAAGCCACCCACUUGCAAGAGGUGCCUAGGACCGUCGUGUUGUGCGGAGCUCCCUCUGGGCUGCCCCAUCCACUGUCCUCCGCAGCCUUGGGAGCCAGGAGGGUCCAGGGCAGCCAGAGGCAGUCAUGACAGAGCCGGUGGCCGGGGCCGAGGACCUGGACACUCUCAUCGACGAACUGGAUUACCUGCCCGGCCACUUCCACCUGGAGAUGCAGCUCAACUUCGAGCCGCGCUCACCGGCUCAGCUGCGUGCCCGGGACCUGAAGCUCCAAAGGGAGGGUCUGCGACAGGAGCUGGAGCUGGUGGCCACCCCGCAGCUGCCUGCCCUGCGUCACCUCCUGGGAACCUUUUCCUUCUACCUGGAGGAGCUGGAGGAGGCCCGCGAGCGUUUCCUGGAGGUGGCCCGCGAAGACCCUAGCAGCCUCAACGCCUGGGCCAAUCUGGCACACGUCUACGGGCAGCUGGGCCAGGAGGAAGAAGAGGAGGCUUGCACCGCUAGACUGGCCAGCCUCAUGGGCCUGGCAGGGGACCCCGAGGAUUCAGGAGACCCACGGCUUCGCGCUGCCCGCUGCCUGGCAGAGCAGGGAUAUGCACACGGCUUCGAUGUGGGCUGUGCCAGUCCAGAGGAGCGUGCUCAAGUACUGGAGGCGGGUAUCGCGCUCUACGAUAAGGCGUUGGGCUAUGGGCAGCAGAUCCCAAUAGAGGAGAAAAGGAGCUGGUAUUUUACCAUGGCAACGCUCUUCAUCAGGCUGGAUGGCAUCUUGCUGGAGAUGGGCAGCGAGGAGCAGAAAAGGCUGCCAGCCUUCAACCGCACCCUGGCCUUACUGCAGCAAGUCCUCAAGUCCUCAGACUCCCGACACCAAGCUUUGGCCUGGUGCUACGUCGGCAUGCUGCUAGAGAGGAAGGACACCUUCUUUACCACCCCCAUGGGUGUCCAUGAAUGUGGGUACUCGGGGACGGAGCCGCUGGACUGCUUUGGCAAGGCCAUUGAGAUCGCCAGGGACCAACCUCCCAUCCUGAAUCGCCUGGCCAAAAUCUUCCACUUCCUAGGAAAGCAGGAUUUGGCCAUAGGAACUUGCAACAUGGCCCUGGAUGUGCUUAGAGACCCACAACUCAACUGGCAGGCGUACUGCACCAGGGCCAAGGUCCAAAUCAGAGCCUAUGUCCACGACCUGGAACGGGCCAAGGUGGGACUUGGGGGUAUGCCCGACAGGAACCACCUGGCCUGUGCCAAAGCUGACCUUGAGGAAGUGGUCAAGGUGUACCCAGGCCUCAGGACCUACCUAGACAUCGGCCAGGUUUACUACUACAUGGGCGUGGAUGCCAUGCGGGAGCUGCUGGCAGUGGAUGAGGCCGCGCUCAACCAGGCGCUGGUCUUCCUGGCGAAGGCUGGCGAAUUGGAGCUGGGAGACACAUUGCCCGAGCUGCAGCUGCUACGUGGUAAAUGCUUGCGAGUCCAGGGCGAGGACGCCAACGCUGCAGCCUGCUUCAAGCGUGCAGUGGAGUUGGACGACGCAGGAUCCAGUCACACCGAGAGCUUUGGCUGCCUGCUCGAGGCACUGCUAGCCCAGUGGAGCCAGGCACAGCUGAGCGACAGCGAGGUGGGCUGCGAGGUGGACAUCUGGCUGUGCCACGCCCAGAGCAAGUACCCGGCCACACGCCUGCGCCAGGAGCUACAGCGAGUGUGGCGCAGUCACACGGAUGACGUCCUGGGUCUGGCUAACACCUUAGUAGCCCAGGGACGGCCAGCGCUAGUGCGGCUGCUCUUUGAAACCAUGGAACAUGAGGGUGAGGACACUGGAGGGCUAAGCAAACGUCGGGCGUCCUCCUCCUGAGUCAGGUGCUGAUGCCCUGAUGAGGCCCAGACCGGAACCCCACCCAGGUGACUGAAUCUAGUCAUGGCACUCAAGACAGGUCACCGGGUGAGCGGAGCCAGAAUGUUUUCAACACUGGGUUAUAAUUUAGUCGAAGGUCUGCCUAACAAGCAUGGGGCCCUGGUUCGUUUCCUCCUACACCUGGGGGAUGGAGGGUGGGGUGGGAGGAUCAAAGCAAACUUUCUCCUCCCACUGAAAUUGUGAAUGGGUAGCUUUGAGACAUUUUGUAAAUUUGAAAUACCCAUAGGACAGUAAUGGGCACUUGCGGGAAAAUCUGCAGAGCAAGGAGUCUGGGAGCAGGCAUGAGAGACCACUGGAAAACUGCCACUUGGGGAAAAGAAAUUUACAGACAUGCAGCAAAGAUAGAAUGGCUCAAGUCUCCUGACAGAAAGGAUAGCUUCUCAGAUGUGACUGUCUAUCCCAGAUGUCUGAGUGGCUGCCAUUGGAGUCCCAAAGGCCACAGAAAGUUUAGCUGAGUGGGUCUCAAGUCCUCAGUCAGAAAAGCCUCGGCAGCACAGACCAAGGAGGCACUGUGCGUGGGUGCAACAGGGUUCUGACUCCAGUCUUGGUGCUCAGAGCCAGUUCCUACCUCUCCAUCGGCUUCAGCAGGUCUCUGCUUUGGCCAGCCUUCUUGGAAGGCUUCCCAAAGUCCCUGAAAUAAAACACAUCAGAAACACCCUUA